AUGCUUUCUCACCACACUCUCAAUCCUAACGCCCAACCUUUUUAUUUCAAACCCAACCAAGAAUACCAACAAAUAUUGUCUUUUCCUCAUCCUAUUUGUUACUACGUUCCUCUCUCCACCUUCGGGUUUUACCCUUCCUUUCACGCGCAUACCUCCAAUCCUUCUCAUGACAAUGCCAAAACCCACGCCGUUCGAAGCAAAGUGCGGGCAAAGGGAAACUGGCGCUGCCACCGCAAGUUUUAUUCACCGUGGGUUAGAGGAAGGAAGCUUCUUGAAAACCGUGCGGCAGUUAUUCAGUUUCCUAGCACUGUCAAAGAAGCCGAGACCUCUUUGAUCACCACCGUCAUGAUUCGUAAUGUUCCUAAUCAAUUCAGGUUUAAUGACUUGCUGCACAUACUGGACGAGCAUUGUUUGCUACAGAAUAAGAGCAUUGUUGAUCCUGAAGAAUGGUCCAAGUUUGAUUUCGUUUAUUUACCAAUGGAUUAUAGGAAACACGCGAUUGAGAAAAGGGUGUCGAAUUUGGGAUACGCUUUUGUCAACUUCACCACUCCUAAAGCUGCUUUUGGAUUCUACCGCCAGUUCCAAGGUCUCGAGUGGGAUGUUGCCCAGAACAAGAAGAUAUGUGAAAUCAACGUGGCCCAGUAUCAGGGCAAAGAUACUCUGAUUGGGAUUUUCCAGCCAAAAGUAUUCAGGUGCGCGAGCCGAGAUUUUUUGCCUGUGUUAUUCUCAGAAGGCCGUCACGGCUUGAAUCGUCGAGUCAAGGGAACUUAUGUGGGAAAUCAUGUUUGGGGUCUGCCACGAAGAACCAUAGGAACCUGGGAUUUGAUCGUCAAUGACAGUCUCGGAUUAGUUAGAUCUGAUGCAUAUAUCCCACCCUCGCUUCAGCUGCUACUUGCUCAUCUAACCCUUUAUCCUUGUGUAUUGGGUUGGGGGAUUAAGGUUAGGUUUCCUUCCUUUUCUUUCUCCCCUCGAAAUGAUGGAUCUCCCAUGCUUCCUUCUGAGUGA